AUUGUAAAGGAGUCAUAUGAUUUUAUUCAAAUGUAUAAAGAUGACAUUAGUUCUAAUUUUACUGGUCAGAUUUUAUCAUUAAAAGAAUUAAUAAAAAAUAAAAAUUUAAAAACUAUAAAUGAAAUGGCCAAUUUUAUACUUACCAAUGAUAUAGCAACAAGUUACUCGGAAAUCUUAGUAGCUUGUACAAUAUUUUUAACACUGCCAGUUACAGUAGCAACGGCUGAAAGGUCAUUCUCGAAAUUAAAAAUUAUAAAAAAUUAUUUAAGAAAUUCUUGUAGCCAAAAUCGACUUUCAAACAUUGCUAUACUCAAUAUAGAACAAAAGCGGACUUCAGAAUUAAAAACAGACAAAUUAAUUAAAGAUUUCUCUAAUUUGAAAGCAAGAAAGAUGAAAUUUGUUUAAAAU